UGAGUCUUCCAACAUUAGCCACCUCCUCAUGUACCUCUUGAAGUAGACUCCCGUCGCUUGACAGUCUGGAAAAAAUUGGAAGGUUGUAAACCAGCGUUAGUCUCGAUGAAUAUUUGGUGAUGAUUGCCUUGAUGUUGGAACACGUGUCCGUCUGCCCUUGUAAAACAUAUUUGCAGAAAUGAGUAAAGACCAUGCACGGAUCGAAAUGGACCUGGCUUUUGGUUCAGCAAAACCCUAUGGUUCCUCGAGAAGUAUUGUGAGGAGAAUAGCUACUAGUCUUCCUCUUAAACCCUGUCCCAGGGUUCAUUUUCAGCUUUAUCCAUACACUGAGGACGCUGGUGUCCUGAUUGGCGCCAGAAGGCAGAACGGUUUGGUGGCCUCUCUGGCUGAUAUCGGCUGGAUUGACAGGGAUGAUGAGGAUGACGAAGACUACUUCGGCAGACCCAGGUCAGGGAUCUCACCAGGACUUGUGUUUCGAGUCCAGCAGCCUCACCCUCAGAGAAAACCCUUAACCCGCCAGAGGUCACUACCAAGCCUGCAUGAUGGGACUCGGGACCCCCAGGGGCCGACUGUCGCCAACGACGAGGCCAUCCAGAAGAUCAGCGCACUGGAGACAGAACUUGCCAAACUCAGAGCUCAAAUAGCACAAAUCGUACUGGCUCAGGAAAAGAGUGCACAGCCAGCUGCAACCACAGGAGCACCUCCACCUCCCCCUCCACCCUGUGGCUCCCUGCCUCCCCCUCCCCCACCACCUCCUCCUCCUCCACUACCGCCACCCCCAAAUCUCCAGCGGACAUUUUCUGCCAUUGAGUUGAUAAAGGAGCGCAGAGCAAAGAAUACAGACAGCCAGACGGUUUUAGAUUCAAAGCCAGUGGAAAUCCCCAGCAUGCUUGACGUCCUUAAAGACAUGAACAAAGUCAAGCUGCGAUCAGUUAAAAGUCGUACAGUGGAAGAUGACACCAAAGCGAAGUCCAACGAUCCGGUGGAUGCUGCUGCCCUCAUCGCUGAGGCCCUGAAGCGCAAGUUUGCCCACCGUUAUCGGCACGACAGCGAACAAGAAGACAAGGAGGAUUUCAAACUUCCCGUGCGAGACGUUAAACCUCAAACCGAAGCCCCUUUGUUUGGGCAGCACAUGUUGAAACAAACUGGAAGAAGGAAGUUGAUCUGAACAGGUGAUUAGGACCUCCAGGUGUACCAUGGACACUGUAAAGCGCCUUAUCAACUUUUCAGCACCAGCUGUUUCUGUGGAAGGACAAGGGAUUCUUAUAGUGUUGCAUCCGAUGAUCUUCUUGACCAUCUGUUUUUGCACUUUUAUAACUUAUAAUAUGAGCUUUCUGUUUUUCAGACGUGGUUUUCCUUUUGUCUAACUCAAUGUCUUGUUUGUUUUUUGUGUUGAGUAGCCUAUAUUUGAGUUUAGUGUCAGAGGCGUGAGCGUAUGUUUAUGCAACACUACAGUACUGAUAAAUGUUAUUGGUUUUAUUUUUCAAUCAUUAGUUUUUUUUGUUAAACAUGUUGCACAUAGCAGAGUUGGUCGUACCACAGAAGAAAGGGAGCACUUUCUGACUUGUGGAAUAUUAUGCUGUAUUGUUUAUGUAUGUAUGAUGACCUGUAGACUAAUUUAUGAUUGGGAUCCUUCUAUUUAUGUUGUGGUUAAAGUAGAUGAUUAAGAUUUUAACACAGGUAAUCACCCAUUAUGUUAGAUUUGUGUGAAUUCCUGAUGGGCUUUAAAACCGUUUUGUACUUUUAUCUGUUGAGCCUGUGCCAAGUUGUGCCCCAGUCGCCAGUCUUGCCAGUGCUUGCAUGUGCAUUUUGCUGGUUUAAAUUUAUGUAUCCCAGUUUUAGUUGACAUUAUUUAUGUCGUGAUUCCAAUUUAGAGCCAAAGACAUUCCAGUAACGCGCUGUGAGAUUCUGCCUUUCGCUGCCAAAUGUGACCUUUUCCAUAUAAGAUGAUGGUUAAUUAGUGGGAAAACAGAUCCUGGAACAGUUCGCGGUAGUUCAUAUUUCUAGGUUAUUGACAGUACACGUGCAAUGUUUUGUUACUUUAUCAGUACCUCUUUUGAUAAGAUUUGCCUUUUUAUCACAAAGCAACUUCCCCAGAACUUUGAGAGUCACAGUUCAACAUGUUUUAAGAAAUACUGAAUUGAACUGUGCAUUGACAGCAUGUUUUAGUCAAUGGUCUUAAGGCACCCACUGUCAUCAGCAUCCCAAAGCUAGGAAUUAUGUAUGGUUAGUGCCAGUGAUCUUUACAUUUUCAGUUUGAACACGCUGACUUCUUGGCAUCUUGCGAUGUUUGUCAGCAGUGUUUUGUUCAAAGUGAAUGAUGACACGUUGUUUUCCAUCUCUGGUCAUUGUGUCAAUGUAGUUGCUGCCUGAACACACAACUUUACCAGAAUUACCUUUUUAGAAAGAGAAGGUCGACAGGCGUGUUUCAGGAGUAACCGAGUGAUUUAAAUUUACUAUCCAAGAUUUUGUAGAAAAGUUGUCUGUCAUAAAAAUUGUUAACUUGAAUUGUGGAAUCUCUGAAUAAAAGUUUAUGGUCUGCCUCAUGGA